GUCCCAGGGACUGCAACGUCGACAGACAGACAUCCAAAGUAGAAACUGUUCCACCGUCUGUCACGAAAACGAAUUUUUCAAAAUUUGUUUAUGAAAUGGGAAUUUAACAUGAAAUCUUUCGGAGCAAUAGACUGAAAAGCCAUAUCAACAGAAAUUAAAGUUCAAUGAUCUUUAAAUGCAUAUUAAAAGAACAAUGUGCUUUAGCUUGCAAAGAAAACAAAGUCAACAAUUGAUGAAUUAGAUAAGAAAAAUGUUAAGAACGACUUACCCCAAAGAUCACAGUUCGCGAGAAAGAAAAAUCGCGGUUUCUUGAACAAUAUUUGUUCAAGCGUUUGCGGGUCGGUAUCAGAGAUAUGUACAGAAUUUACAGGAACUAGCCAUAUUUAUAGUUAGAGAGUAGAAGUGGAAGUGGAUGUUAUGGAGAGUACAAAAUAGUUUAGAGCCUUAAAUGUAAGGCGAAGUUAUUGUGGUGGAGAAAAAAGGACGGAAAUGGGACAAAAAGCAAUAGAAUAUGCAUUGAGUUAGCGACACAAUGAAAAAGAAUUUAAAAGCUAACAUGCAUUGAAUGUUAAUAAGAAGGUGGUGAAAUCAAACAUACUACAAAAAUAGAAAAAAAAGACAUUGAAAUUUAACAAUGAGAAAAUAAACAAAAUGGAAAAACAUGAGUUUAUAAAAUAAGUGAACUUUUUAUCAUUAUAUCAAUAAACGUUGGCCUUUUAAAGUGUUUAACAUACAAUAGAUAACCAAUUCACUGCGUCGAUUCACUUCAAACAAACAUUUUAAUGAGAAAUACAAAACCCCGAUCAGCAAGUUAAAAAAAAAUUAACAAAAGGAACAGAAAACGAAUUUUUGACGAGUUGACACGGUGAAACCUGUCAUUUUCAACGAAAGUUUGGGCGUGUAACAGACAUGGACGGUAGCCGAAGAGAGAAAAACAACAUAACGCAAUGUCCGGUGUGUUUCGAAAAUUACACUCGUCCAAAGUAUCUACCCUGCCUGCAUACUGUUUGUGAACCAUGCAUAGAUAUCUACAUCCAGUCGAUGCAAAAAGCAUUUCAUCAUAGUAACCGCUCGUUGAUAGACCAAAAUGGAUUUAACUGUCCAGUUUGCAAGACUUUUGUGACGUGUUCCGAGAAAGAUCCAAAACAAUGGGCCAGGGAUUUACCUGAUAACGCUAUGAUCAACACCUUAAUUGAAAAGCAAAAGUUGCAGAAGAGGUCGGAAAGUUGUGACGGAUGCAAAUCUCGCGGAGAUAUGGUCAAGGCCGAGUCUUGGUGUAGCGAAUGCCAGGAAGCCUUAUGCCAAACCUGCUCGAAAUACCACAAGACGAACAAAGCUCUAAAGAACCAUAGGAUGUUUAAUGUAAAAGACCUUGAAGAUGAACCCACCCUAGUGCGUUUUACUGAAGAUGAAUAUUGCGUCCAGCAUCGUGAUAAACGGAUCGAGAUGUUUUGCAAGCAUCACGAUGCACUUUGUUGCAUCAUAUGCGUUACAACGAGUCACAAGCAAUGCACUUCUGUUUUUCCUGUCGAGGACAUGGCCGAAGGUAUACGCAACAGUGGUGAGAUCGCGCACAUCACCAACCAACUAAAGCAAGCAAACUGUGAAAUCACGCAAAUAGUCAAAGAUCGACAGAAAAACAUCAGCGAUUUCACCCAGCAAUAUCACCGCAUUGAGAACGAUAUUGCUAAAUUUAGACAGGAAGUAAACCAACAUAUCGACGAACUGGAACAACGGUGUAAAAAAAGCGUGGAUGUCAUUUACAAAGAAAAUCUGUCGGAAAUAAACGAACAAGUCGAACAUUUUCAAUAUCGCGAGAAAGCGAUCAGUAACUGCCAGAAGGUUUUACAAACCUGCGUUAAGUAUGGGAGUGACUAUAAGCUCUUUCUAGAAAUGGUUAAAUUAAAACACCAAAUCCGUGAACAUGAUGAUCAUAUACAUAAACAGAAAGUUGCCAUGAAACGCAUAGAAUUUCGUUUCGCUCUGACUUCUCCUGCUACCAAUUUUAAGCACUAUCUGACGACUCUCGCGGAUGUCUCGGUCACCACAACGCCAUACCCAAACAUUGAAACUCCGUAUACAUCAUUUGUAACGUCAACCCCGCUGGCGUCACGUCGCUCCUCGCCAGUGACGUCAUUCCGGUCCGUUGACCUCGAUCUAUCACCAUGUAGCAGAAGAAUCGAUUUCAACGCAUCCUCUAGCAGUAGAAAGAUGGACACUUCUUCUACCAGUAAAACAAUGAAUUUAAAUGAAAGCUGUCUGGAACAAAACGUAUCGAAAGGAUCGAGCUUAGAAUCAGAUUUCUUACAGUUAUCUCUAUCAACAAGUGACCUUAUUGGGGUAAAAGAAGCAGAUCUUUCGAAAACGAUUUAUGUUAACAAACUGAAAGUCAUUGAUGCUGCUUUCUUACCAGAGGGAAGAAUUAUGUUGAUAACCAGUCGCGAAAACAACUCGCGUUUGUUUGUAUACUCAUCUAAAGGAACAAUUGAAAAAGAAAUUCGGCUACAAAGCAAGCCCGGUGGAAUAGCGGUACUUUCAAAACUUGAAUCGGCUCUUACUUUACCUGAGGAACAGAUUAUUCAGUUCAUUGAUAACACUGAUUUCUCAAUGGCGAAAGAUAUGAAAAUUCGGGGGCACUGCCACCAAAUUCGCAGUGUGGACAAUAAAAUGGUGGUCGUUUGCGAUUCUGAAGUGAAGUUAUUUAACGGAACAUCAGUUCGUACAAUUCCUAUUUCCGGUUCCGAUAUUCUCUGCGUGUGUCUUUCUGCCAAAGACAGACUUUACUACACUGUUGAGAGCGAUAGUUCUCUUCACUGUGUAUCUACCAUGGGCCGGGAAGUUUUUAAAUAUUGCCAUGGUGAUUUGGUCUGUCCAUACGGCGUAGCCCUUGGUCGCGGGGAUCGAGUUGUGUACGUUGCCGGGUAUAAAUCUCAGAACAUUCAUCAGAUAACCGCCGAGGGUCAUCUUCUGACUCUCAUCGUAACUCGUGGUGACGUCAUGUCCGGUCCCCAACUCCUCGCCAUUGAUCAUGAUAGUGGCGAGUUCUUACAAGUCUGGGAACAAAUGUACGGAAACUUUAUUUAUGUGUACGACAUGCCAAAAGAUAACAUUACCCCCUGAUAAUUGAUGCUCAAGUAAUUAAAAUGAAACAUUGCAAGACUGGUGAUUAUCAUAUUGCUGGAUUAUGAUCCCGGUCAUUCUUUAUCGUGGCACGUUUUAAAUGAUUGUUUUUUAAAUAUAUCCAUCAAAUCCAUAUAAAUGGAAAUUAAACCGGUGUUAUGUCUUCCUUCGUUGUUUUGCUUGGGUUGGUGAUCAAUUCAGUAUCGGUACGCCAGACAAUGGGUUUUCUGUUCCUUUGUCAUUUUACACUUCGAUCGUGUUUUAAACUUACAAGAAUUUAAAAAAAAAAUA